AUGAAAUUGCGAUGUGACGGACAAAGCCCCUGCGGAUCGUGUCAAAAGCGAAACCUCGAGUGCAACAAUGAACGGACUGCUGGACCGAGUAUUCCUGAGUACGGGGAAGGUACACCUGCUGCGCCAAUUGGGGUACAACAGGGCACAAUUCCGAUCCAUGCAGGGCCACCGGUAAAGCCACAGAGCUAUGAACCACCAUCAUCGGACCGCGGGUCGAUCAAGUUCCUACUCAAUGGUGGCACGGACAGCUUCACAGAGAACUUUCGACUUCCCCCGCGAAGCGAUCGGGCCCGCAGCCUUAAUUAUCACCACCGCGUCGAUAUGGAAGAGGCGCAAAGAAGCGGAUUCUCUUAUAUCAAAGGUCAGCGACCGGAGUAUUCUUCUAGCUUCGUUGGCGCGGACCCUGCUGCACCACUCGCCGCCCCAGAUACCUUUUUGGAUUUCUUGAACGUACCUUUCGCGAAUGGAAUGAGACCAGCGCAUGAUUCGUACAAUGCCGAUGGAAUCAAUUUGGAAGGCGCCGUCUAUCCACCCUCAGGUUCUGGUCUGCAUGACGAUCAUUCAAUCUUCGAACCGGAAAGACCCUUUGCGAUGGCAUUGACACAAGCGAUAUUAGCACGAGCAUGGCAGGUUCCACUCGAUGCUAAGGCGCAAGCAGAAGUCACCGCAGAUUUCAACUUUUUCUUGACGACGGCACGCAUUCGAAAAUGCAUAUUUCUUUACUUCAAAUACUGGCAGCCCAGCUGUGCUUACGUCCACUCUUCGUUUGAUCCGGAGACAGCACCUCUACCCUUGCUAGCCGCGAUAGUGUUUAUGGGUGCUAUGUAUAGUGGGGACGAGAGGGAAUGCUUCAUUGCAAAAAGAAUCCUGGACUUCGUGGAGCUUUUUGUUUUCUCAAAUGACGUCUUCUCGGCAGAUAGUGAAGUGAGCACAAUAUUCUCUGGCAAUCGGUGCCACAUUGGGGAAAAAGAUGACUGGACCAAGUUUCAAAACUUCCAGGCUGGGUUCAUCAUUCUUACCGUCCAGUAUUGGUCGGGACAUCGGGUGUCACGAUAUCGCGCAUUGGAAACCCGUUUUACCGAACUUGUCAAAGUUGCGCGUCGAAUGGAGUUGACAAAGAUCAGACAUGAUGCGGCCGACCACGUCACAGAAGAUCUAUGGAUUCAGAAAGAGUUACUCUUCUCCUUCAUCAACACCCACAUGACCCUCUUGGGACCAUUCAUAGGAAUGGGUAUUGUCAAGAAACCUACGCAGGAUUCGAACAUGAGUUCUCGUGAAACCAGUCCAAUUCCGGAAGAUUCCAUUCUCACUGCCAUCCGGGCUGCUUUAGGCCGGUGGCAUGAACACUGGGGCGUACUUACGAACCGAAUUUCGUCAGAGGAAUGGGCUUCGAUGGGCUUCUACAAAAACGGGUACAACUUUUGGUUGGUAUCACAAAUGCUGAUUACUAAAAAGGAUGCCGUGGAUGUUGUUAUGCGAAUGGAAGUCAACUGUGAGGAUAAGUUGGAUAAGCUGAAAGUCUUGCUGCGCGACGACCAAGACGAAGUAUAG